AUUAUCAUUGUAAUACAUGGGCCAGUGUUUCCCCAAUCCGCUAGCUCACACUUCCUUUCUUAGUCGCGGCUAUAAACCGAGCAAGGGAACUUCACGUGAAACUGUCUCUUUGCCGGAGGAACGCCUUCCUGUCCACAUAUGAUUACACGCUGGAAGAAGAUGGGUCAGCACUACCUGUGGACCUUGCUCCUUUGCCUGCAAACCUGUCUGGAAGCAGCUGGGAGUGACGCAGACAUCCGGCCGGUGACUGGGAUCCUGGGGGAGUCGGUCACUUUCCCCCUAAACAUCCAACAACCGCAGCAAGUUAUCAACAUCGCUUGGAAUUCUGAGACGUCUGUUGCUUUCGUCACGCCAGGAGACCCAGGAACAGCACCCAAAGUCACUGUGACCCACCAACAUUACAAUGACCGAAUAAAUGUCUCCCUCCAGAACUACGACCUGGAGAUCAGUAAUCUGGGGGUGGAAGAUUCGGGCAUCUACAGGGCUGACGUAAAUCUGAAGAUGGCUGAAACGACGGUCACAACCACCAGGCGUUACAACCUGCAAGUCUAUCGUCGGCUUGGGAAGCCAAAGAUUACUCAGAGUUUAAUGGCAUCUGUCAACAGCACCUGUAAUGUCACACUGACGUGUUCUGUGGAAGAGGAAGAAAGGAAUGUCACAUACAGUUGGAGCCCCUUGGGGAAAGAGGGUAAUGUCGUUCGAAUCUUCCAGACCCCUGACAACCAAGAGCUGACUUACACGUGUACAGCCUGGAACCCUGUCAGCAACAGCUCCGACUCCAUCUUGGCCCGACAGCUCUGUGCAGACGCGGCAGCGGGCCUCCGUCCCCGCCACACUGGGCUGCUGAGCGGGCUGGCUGUGCUCUUUCUGUUUGUUGUCAUUGUGCCUUCAGUGCUUCUGUGCCUUCUGUGCAAAAGAGGACAAGGUUCCUACCUGAAGACCUCCAGGAAGAACUCUGAUGCCAUCUCUAGGAAAACGAUAUAUGCUUACGUCAUGGUCACGAGAGAUGCCCCACCAGCAGAGGGCAGAAUCUAUGAUGAAAUCCCCCAGUCCAAGGAGCGCCCCGCCAAGGAGGAGCCCGUGAACGGGAUUUACUCCACACUGCAGUCUGAGAAGAUGGGGAAGACCAGCACUCAGGACGGCAAACCUCCUGGGACUUCAACCUAUGAAAAUGUGAUCUAGGCUCCUGGACGGCAUUCACUGUACGGACACUGAGCUUCCCACAUCAUGUGUUCCAGCAGAUGCCCCAGACCCAGACUCCCUCUGUUCGGAUCUUACCUGGAGAUAGCAAACCAUCACCCCAAUACGGGACUUUUCGUGACUGGAGGUGAUGACCCUUCCCAGCAACCCCAUAGGUAGAAAGGAUUGAUGUUUCGCGCACCGCCUGGGAUGCCCUGACCACGCUCAGUGUCCGGGAGGGGCCCCGGUGCACGGCCUCCACGGCCCACACAGCACCUUGGGCAAAUUAGGCAAAAACCCCCUUUUCCGGAGGCGGAUACAGCCCCUCCCAAGUGUGUGGCUUGACGAGCAGAGGGUGGGCUGCAUUUCAGCCUCCGCUUGCCCCUCUGCCCGGGAACUUUUGUGCAGGGGACAGCUGGCUGGACCAGCCCAACCAACCACAUGUGACGGUGUCGCCUGGGAAGCCAUUGGAGGGGUAGCUGUCCACUGUGCAGACGCACCCUCCAAAUGGAGUGUUCUUUCUGUAGGGACGAGGUGGUCAGGGCAUAUUUCUUCAGGCUGUACUUCAGAAGCCUCUUCAGCUUUUCUUUCUAGCCAAGCUUUCCACGUGACUGGGCGCUUGAGGGCCCAGAUAUUAACAUUAUUCUAGGGGUAUCCAUCCUGGAUGAGAUUAACAUUUGGAUUGGUAGACCGAGUAAAGUAGGUUAAUCCCCACUCCAGUAUGGGCGCCCAUCACCAAAUCCAUCAAGAGCCUGGGUAGAAGAAGGCAGAGUAAAGGAGAAUUCGUUCUCUCUGCCUGACCGUCUUGGAGCUGGGACAUCAGUGCUCCUGCCCUAGGGUUUGGAUUUGGAUUUGGACUGGAGCUUUCACCGUGAGCUCUCCAGCUGGCUGACUGCAGACCUGGGGAUUUCUCAGUCUUCAUCACCACACAAGCCAGCUCCUUGUUGUAUAUAUCGCUUUCCUGUUGGUCCCGUUUCUCUGCAGAGCCAGACUAACACCUAUUCCAAGCAGCGUCGGCAAGAAGAGACCAUACCCAGUAUCCUACUGGCCAAAAGGAAUUGACUGGCUAUAUUUCUGGCACUUUAGGAGAACUGAGUACAACCCAACCAUCGAAACGAUCUGCAGUCAAAUUAAUCAUGGCUUUUUAAAACUCCUUUCCCCCCUGGGUCCUCAGUUCUUUCUGCCCCACAGCAUACGUCCUUAUUUGUUUCCCUCCACACUGUAUACGCUUAAGGGCAGGAUCCAUGACGUCAUGACAUUAAAGAGUGACCACGAGAGAUGAGAGUGUCAGUCACUCGUGCAUCCACCGCCCCAAACACCAUGCCUUGGGCCCUGAGGUGAAUAAAUGCGACUGAAUAGGAUUGAAAAUGACCGGCCAGCUCAAAUGGAAGGUACACGUUGCAGGUGUGGAUAGACGGAAGCCAAUACGCGUGGCGGCGUCCGAUCAUGGCAAGCGUUAAAUGUCAGAAGGCAGGCGUCAGUGUACGGCCAUGGGGGUGGGGGGGAGACUUUCAGAGUUAGACCAACGUACGCAUGAACUGAAGGAGUGAACCAGGUGUGAGGUGAGAGGCAGUCACCCUAGGGAGACACGUGAAGGAAGAAAUAAAGAGACUUGUCCGAAGGAUGGAGAAGCCCCAAAGUGACAUUCAACAGACCCUAAAAUAGAAGCAGGUCUCACCUUCACCUGAGUUGAGGGACCCCUCCUGAACGUCGCCCUUCUCUAACCCGCCCCGCCUCUCCCUGGUGCUCUCAGCCAGUCAAAUUGCUAGUGUCCUAGAGCCCCCCUGGCGAGUGGGGAAGAAGGAAAAGAGGCAGAGGCCAGAGUCCCUUGGGUCUCCCGUGAGAACACACCGGGAAUUCUUCACGUGGCCUUUGGGACUGAGGACCACCGAGCUCCUGUCUCUCACUCUUGCCUUCCUGUGGAUCUUCCGAUUUAUGAAGAUGGAAGCUACUCACCCCAUCCCUUCAGGGCUCCGUGUUCAGAUUCCCCUUCUGUAAAAUGGGGGUGAUCUUCAUUUCCACAGACUUAAGACGAACUAGAUUGUGACCGACGGGUCUAUGCAACUAUUCCUUCGAUGGAACGGAACCUCGCAUCACGCCCAGAUGGGCCAGCUUUCCCAAAUGGGUGUUGAAAUUGAAAUCUCGGGGCCCCUGGGUGGCUCAGUCGGAUGGACAUCUGAGGUCGACUCAAGCCAUGAUCUCCCAGCUCUUGAAUUCGAGCCCCACAUUGGGCUCUCUGCCAUCAGCAUAGAGCCCACUUCGGAUCCUCUGUCUCCUUCUCUCUCUGCCCCUCCCCUGCUCGCUCGCGCUCUCUCUCUCUCUCAAAAAGAAAUUGAAGUCUCAGGGGCAGGGCCCCCUAGUGGCCAGAGCAGGUAAGGCAGCACCUCCCCAGGGGCUUGUGGGUCCACGUGGGCCUUUUCGGUAGAGAACUUGAGAAACAAUGCAGGGAAUGCCUUUCAGAAAAAGAAAGUGAAGCCGAUUUAAAACGGGAUGUUUUCAAAAAAGCUAUAAAAUGCUCUAAACUACACGGCCCACACGAGAAGAACUUGACUGGGCCACUUUGGAAAACGGGCAAAGGAAAGGCGACCAACCUGUCUGGCAUUUCUCAGAUUCAGCCCGGAGAAAAGAAAUGGCCGGGCCAUAUUUUCUUCCAGAUGCAUUACUUUUCUUCUGCUUGACUUUUCCCUGAGUCUUCCUUGAUUUGAGUAAUUUUUUGCAGAAUCAUUAGUGACAGUCUCUACUGGCUGUAAAAUGAAGUUUGAAGAAGGAGACAGAAGGAAGAAGGGUAUUGACUGGUCCCAAAAUGCAGGCUUCCAUGCUGGAGCGCCUGCGUCGGCAUCCUGGUUUCUUAGUUCUGAGACGUUGGGCAAUUUAGGCUCACCUCUCUGGGCCUCAGUUUCCCUGCUUGUAAAAUGGGGGUAAUAACGGCUCCUACCACAUAGGGUUGAUGUAGGGACUAAAUGAGGCUGCCCUGGUAGAAUGUGCCUGCAAAUUGUUCUUAUAGGCCCAACACCUCCAUCGGAUGCUAACUCUGUACAACAGGGUUCUUGCAGCACAAAUGUAGCCGAUAUUGUGCUAAA